GAAGGGCGAUGAGUGAGCAGCAGAGGCAGCAAGUUGAGUCAGUGUACGGCGGUUCACUGUAAGGAGUAGAUGUGUUGCUCGUGUGUUCUGCUCCCUGCACGCUCAGGCAUCUGACAGUGAGGUUCCCUUGAGAAUCCUUUGUGAUUCUCGCCGCAAAUCUCAAAAAACUCCAUAUUCCCCUCCCUCUCGAAGUGGCCAUUAAGUUUGACUUGUUUUUACCAGAGCGACUGUUUUAAUACGGAUUUUACGUGCGAAAAGGGGAAAAUAGCCAAGAUUUUGGUGCUGAGUGGCUGCUCAAUAUACCAAAAACGUCCCAGAGGAAGAAUAUACAUCAGAAGAGUAACAUCAGCGGAAGUUGGGAUCGAGAGGCAAGAUGGGCAGCCUAAUAGAAACAAUGGUGGAUGGAUACAAUGAUCUUUUUACUAAUAGACGAGAUCCUCGUGUGGAUGGGUGGUUAUUUAUGGAUUCUCCAUGGCCUACGUUCUUCAUCUGCAUUAGCUACGUGUUAAUUGUGAAGGUGAUUGGGCCACAAUAUAUGAAAACUCGGCCACCAUUCCAGCUAAGGAAUAUACUCGUAGCUUAUAACGCCUUUCAAGUUGUCUUCUCCACAUGGAUAUUUUAUGAGAUUGGAAUGAGUGGAUGGUUCACUCAUUAUUCAUUCCGCUGUCAACCUGUUGAUUAUUCGGACAAUCCCUCUGCUGUUCGUAUGACACACGCAUCGUGGUGGUACUACUUCUCCAAGUUUACAGAGUUCUUUGAUACGUUUUUCUUUGUCCUGCAUAAGAAAUUUGAGCACGUGUCAACGCUCCAUGUUAUUCACCAUGGUUGUAUGCCCAUGAGUGUGUGGUUUGGUGUCAAAUUUACUCCAGGUGGCCAUAGUACUUUCUUCGGAUUGAUAAACAGUUUUGUACACAUUGUCAUGUACACCUACUACAUGCUGGCAGCCAUGGGACCAAACUACAGAAGGUACAUCUGGUGGAAGAAGUAUCUAACCAAUUUCCAGAUGGUACAGUUCAUAAUGAUCUUCAGCCAUGCUUUCCAGCUUGGCUUCACCGAGUGCAAAUACCCUCGUGCCUUCAUGUGGUGGAUUGGUGGCCAUGCUGUGUUGUUCUUCUUCCUUUUCUCUGAUUUCUACAUUAAUGCUUACAUAAAAGGAGCAGCCAAGGUUAAGGCAUAUGCCAAUGGAACUGUAACAUUCUCGAUGUCAAAUGGUCAUGCCAAUGGAAAAGUCUCGAAUGGCAUCACUAAACUUGUCAAUGGUCAUGCCAAUGGCUAUGCUAAUGGAAAGGCAAAUGGUCAUGCCAAUGGCUAUGCUAAUGGCCAUGCUAAUGGUCAUGCUAAUGGUCAUGCAAAUGGCCAUGCAAAUGGCCAUGCCAAUGGCCAUGCCAAUGGUCAUGCUAAUGGAAGUAUUCCUAGCAACAGUGUCCACUCGGAGGAGAACAAUGGCCGUGUUCCCAAUGCUCCAGACUCCACAUCUUUCUCCACCAGAGCUCGGCAAUUAAUGUGUAUGAAUGUAGACUCUGUGAUGGAUUGAGCUCCCCCCCCCCCUCCCCUACUUUUUUCCACCCCUGGUUACCUCACAAGCCAGUUCUCGCCAGCAUCAUCUGACUAUCAUAUUCGAGAGCUAUCAACUUUUCCCCAAUCCCAGUGUGUUUUAGCUCAAGGUUCAUGGAUUCGACAGUCUAGCAUCUGUUGUCGGGCUAUCACCUGCAGCAGUGCGUGUGCGUAAGAUAGAGCAGCCUUCAUUAUCAUUAACAAUGUGAAUCUUGUAUCAUGAGGUUGACUUAAGUUUAAAUAUAUUUUUUUGAAGGAUGCUCACAGCAAUAAUUUUGUCACCUGGCAGUAAUUAAAGGUUUGUAAACUAGUUUGUCUGAAAGAAAACAUUUUAUAGCAUAUAUCGAAGCAUAGAAAUGCCAUACGCUUUUUAAAGUUCGAGGGAAAAGCAUGUACAAAGAAAAUGGCUGAUCUGUACUGUUCGAACAUUGGAAAUGACCCCACCCAAUGGUGGACUUCACUGUGAAGAUCUGUGAUUUAUAACGUGUAGAUCUGUCAGCUUCGUAAAAACUGCUUGCAGGCAUAAUGAACCUUAGAAUCUACUGCUGUCAGAUAUAGCUUUUACGGAAGUAGCUAGAAAGAUAUGUGAUAUUUUGCAUUUGUAAAUGCAGUAUUAAAUACCGAAAUGAAAUGUUGGAUUAGGUAAUGAUUCUCGUAAUGAAAUUAUGGGCCAAACAAAUCUUUAGACAUUACAAAAAUUAACAAUUUAAAGCAUUUCAUUUUUAAGUGUUUUCUUAUCUUUUUCUGAAGAUUGUAGUUCAUGUUUAUUGCCAGUCUUGCCCAUAUUAUAAGAUUAUAGCCAGUAGUGUAUUAAACACCUCAAGGCUAUAUUAAAAGUAGUAGUUAAUGGGGAGAAAGGGAUUAUGCAGUUGAACUUGUAGCAGCUGUCAAUAUAUGCCAUGAGGCAAUGGCUACAUUGAGGAUAUAAAGUGGGAUUCACUUGUAAUUUUCAUACAUGCUAAACCAUUUAUUAGGUCUUCAAAGCCUUUUUUUUAUUCUGGUAUUUCAUGACAUAUUCUACAAACAUUUUCAUUAAAGCAUAAUUCUGGAAAUUAAGUAUACAGUAAAUGUUUCUUGUAUCUGUUCCUGUGUAAAUUGUGGACUGUCUUUGUAAUGCGGUAGAAAAAAUUGGCAUUUUCGUUAGUAUGGAAAGUACAGUGUACUCGUCAUUUCAGUAUUCCGGUACAUGUGCAGCGUAGCAUAGUAAGAUAUUAAACUAGAGUUUCAUUGCAAAUCUAAAUUUGCAUAUUAAGUUUAUCAUAAAUCUGCUAGAUAAGUAAGCUGAUAAAACAGCUGAAAAGUUUUGUGGAUUAUAUAAAUAAGUUUAUUGUGGAAUAUGAUCUUGGAAACUGUAAAUUGUGCCUUAGUGCAGUUGCAGAAAUUUAUUAGAAACUUGUUGGUAAAAGAAUGACAGUUUUGAAUAUUAUAUAUUUUUUAUUUAUGAACCUAGAGGCAGUGAAAAAAUGAAAUUCCCAUCUUUUCUCGUUAAAUAUUUUUGUCCAGUGUAAUUGUCUGUUGUUGCAUUUCAGUGCAGAAUUAUAGUAGUAUUGCACAUUAAUUUGGUGUUUUAUAUUAAAAAUCAAAGUGCAUAAGUACUGUAUACUUACUUUUGAAUAUUUAAAAAAAUUAGGCUUGUUCUUCAUUUUCGUUAUCUAUGACUACAGUAUAUAAAAAAUUAUCAAUGGAGCAAACCAGAACAAAGUCAGGAUUUUAUUUCUUGUCCCAAAUUGUGUAAUAGUAACUAUAUAGUUGUCGGAGCAUAAGUAAAAAAAAAAAACUAAAUUGCUUUGUCAGGAAAAGGGUAAUUUUAAGAAAUAUUUUCAAGAAUAUGCAGUGUGUAGCCAUGCCAAAUUUUCAAAUUUUUAGUGGGUAACUUAAUCAUUUUUGGAUAACCACAUUCUUAUACCUGACUAAGUGUUCUUGAAUUGUGUAAAAAAAAUUUCAAAGGUAAUUAUAUUCUGUUAAAAUGUGCGAGAGUAUUGUUGAAUGUCGUGUUUUUAUUUUCUAAUUUUAUGAAGUGCUCAUCUAUUUAUACUUCAGCAUGUUUGAUAAGAGCAAAGAAAUUGUAGGAAUUAAAAAAAGAAAAAAUUAUCAUGAAAGAAUAAGGAAGACAUUUGUAUUCAUCUGUAAUUUCUUUCGUAUCUGACAUGCUAUACUUAACCAACUGAUGCGUGUGUAUGAGCAGGUCGAUUUGGUGUAUUUUUUCACAGAAUUGUUUUCUAAAACUUCGUCAGUGUAAGGAGACUUAGUCUCGUGUUUAAGGGACUGACAAGAGCAAAUCAAGUUGUGAAAGAUUAUUUUGUAGUUUUUCCUAACUUUAUACCUUUUUUUGGAGUACCGUAGUAACUGACACAAGCAUUAGUGUUCAAGUGGAUUACUGAAUGUUUUGCAAGACUAAUUUGUAUGUCAAACAUGUUCAUUUUUUGUAA